AUGGAAGACGAAAAGAGCCUUCUCACCCAGCUUGAAAUAAUGUCCACCUAUGUGUGGAAUAGAUUUUCUCUGUAUUUUCAAAUUGUUUCCUCUUUUAUGAAAAUUAAUUCGCGGAAUGAUGAAAAAAUUAAAGAAAUUAAAAAGAAAUUGCAAAUACAACAAGAAAUAUUGAAUGAGAUGAAAGAAAAACAACAACAGGAAACAUCACAACAAGCUAUUGAAUUGUACACUAUUGAAAUUGAGAAGAUAGAGGCCCGAUUACAAAGACAGAUGGAUAUUUUACAACAAUAUGAAGAAGAAGUAAGAAACAUGCAAGACACUACUCUUGAUUUGAGCUGCAAAUUUAUUUUUCAAUUUAUUAUGAUCAUUUCAGUUGUGGUAAUGCUAUUCUACUUGUAUUUUAGUUGGUAA